AUCUGCUGUACUGGGAGUACAAAUUGGGACAUGCAAGAACGGUUCCAGCACAGUGCAGAUACUAUUUCAAAGAUUUUUCUUCAUCUUCUAGACAUGGUAGUAUCACCAUGCUUUUAUCAGCACUAUGUCAGCAUACCACCCAAUGACAUAGUCCCCCCUGAGAUUCACAGUAAUCCCAAGCUCUACCCAUUUUUUCAGCACUGUUGGGGUGCAAUUGAUGGGACA